AUGUCCUCAAGCAGUGCUAUUCCACAGCAGCUGAAUACCACUCCAUUUGUACAGCAAUCAACGAUCAAUCUUAAUCCCUUCCAACACUUUCCAUUCGCUUAUCAUCAGUCACCGAGUUCGCCUCAACGUAUCAAACUGAAACGAGCCAGACAACGUGUUGACGCUGGUGAGCCACGUAAUUCAUACCAGGCGAAUAAUCGAACGCCGAACAUCAAUAGCGCAAUGAUACAACAGCGAUUCCCAAAUGGAUUUCAAUUUGUUGGAACGAAUGAGAAUGGAGGUGCUUCAUUGGGUGCGGCACUGUUUCCUUGGAUGAACAAUCAAGCGAAUUCAGAAGUGUCGACAGACACUGAGAUAUUGAAAGAUUUUGGUGUUGUUCAUGAUUUGAGUCAGCAUAAUGCCACUGAUAAUGACGAGGUACAAUCUCACCUGGAUGCUGGAGGCUCUUGUAAAUCGCUGGCUGCAGAUGAUGAUCGUGAAUCGCAAGAAACGGAGAAAAGUAAUGGUGAAGUGACAGCAAAAGAGGAUGAUUUGGACGAGUUGAAAGAGGAUAAAACAAGCGGUGAUAGGGGCAAGAAUUCCCCGUCAAAUACACUGAUGAUGAGCGCUGGUAACAUUAGCAAUAGUAGUAGCUCGUCACGUCGAAAGAAUGCCAUACCACAGCGACAACAACUCGUUGAAGAAAGUGAAGAUUGCAACAAUAAUGCUGUGCCCACUGAAACUGAAAACGAGGAUUGUGUUAAUAAUAACGAUUCGAUGGUUGAAGAGGUGAAGUCUUCAGUGGAAGUCAUGCCUCAGAGCACAUUGGCCGCUACACUGGCUGCGAAUAAUUUCAGUCAUCAAAAUAAACUUCAAGAAAUGUUCGAAAUGCAACGACGGAUCUACGCGAAUUGGGUGGAACAACAGAAGAAACUUUUGGGUGUUCACGAGGAGGAACAUCGACGAGCGCAACUCGCACAUGCACAGCAACAGAUUCAGAGGGACUUCGCGAAAUUAGCACAAGCGCUGAAGCAGGAAAUUGUUAAUACACUGACUGGCAGCAUUGAUAAGGUGAUAUCAGAGUUCGUUGCAUCGGAAACAGCUGCGAAUGUUCAGCGGUUAGCCGCCAUUCAACAGCAGCAACACCAGCAACAGCAGCAACAACAAGAACGUGAACGUGAACAAAACACCGCAGCAGCCAUCUCGACAAUCACACGAACACCCGUACCGUUCGUAUUCCCAUCCCUCUACCACCCGUUCGGCACCCAAACUGCAGCCUCAGCCUUCCCAAACCCCUUCCUACAAGCGCAACCAAUGCCUCCGUCGGGUAUUUUUCCACCGACUGCCCCACAAAAUCACGCAGCUGCGGCUGCAGCCGCCUUCAAUCCAUUCCUCUCACAUCAUCUCAAAACUGCCUCACCAGCAAAUAAUGCACUUCGAAAAAGCGAUGACUUGAGCCCAUUUGCGCCAAGAAAGAAGCGUUCGAAAGUGACAGAUUGCACGAGAUUGAAUAAAUCAUCAUCGAUUUUGACACGUGAUGGGUCGUCUCUCCCUAACAGUGCUCGUUCAUCUCCACAGUUAUCAUCUUAUUUUCCACCAACAAUGGUUGGCCAUCCUUUGUAUGGUGGUGCAUCAUUUACUGCCGAUGAGAGGGAAAGUCCAACGAAUUCGGACGAUACGAGCGAUUGUGGCGCUUAUGAUGGAAAUAUGAACGCCAGCGCAACCUUAACACCGAUGCAUUUGCGCAAAGCCAAACUGAUGUUCUUUUACACGCGCUAUCCGAAUUCGGCCCUUCUCAAGUCAUAUUUCCCGGACAUUCGUUUCAACAAGAAUAACACCGCACAACUCGUCAAAUGGUUCUCAAAUUUCCGUGUGUGUGUGUGUGUACGCAUUGGUCUCAAUGAAUCAGCAAAUUUUCUCGCCGAAUUCUUCUGCAAAACUGAUACGAUGCAAGAUUAG